AUGCACAAACCAGAAAUCGUUGUCUCUUGUCAAAACUAUGCAACCGACAUUGGUGUUCACACUUUGUCUCUUUUUUAUCGCAGCAGCUUUCGCCACUGCCGAUUACGUUAGACCUCGGCCUCGUAAAACUCUUGAAUUUCCAUGGAACUCAAAGCCUGCUUCUUAUCCCCAGCAGGUUCACAUCUCUUUGGCAGGCGACAACCACAUGAGAAUCUCAUGGAUCACUGACGAUAAAUCUGCUCCUUCUGUUGUCAAAUAUGGAACAUCACCUGGGAGAUACAGUUCUACAGCUCAAGGAGAGAGCACCUCUUAUAGUUAUCUGUUUUAUAACUCUGGAAAAAUACAUCAUACUGUCAUUGGGCCUCUGGAACCUGACACUGUUUACUUUUAUCAGUGCGGUAAUCAAGGUCCUGAGUUCCAGCUCAAGACUCCUCCUGCUGAAUUCCCAGUUACUUUUGCUGUGGCGGGGGAUUUGGGUCAAACUGGCUGGACUAGAUCAACGCUAGACCACAUUGACCUAUGUAAAUAUGAUAUCCAUUUGCUCCCAGGGGACCUUUCAUAUGCCGAUUAUGUGCAGCGCAGGUGGGACACAUUUGGUGAGCUUGUCCAGCCACUUGCAAGUGCAAGGCCAUGGAUGGUCACAGAAGGGAACCAUGAAAAGGAGAGGAUACUACUAUUUAAUGAUGGAUUUGAGUCCUACAAUGCCAGGUGGAAGAUGCCAUUUAAAGAGAGCGGAUCAAGCUCCAAUCUUUAUUACUCUUUUGAAGUUGCAGGGACUCAUGUUAUCAUGCUUGGUUCGUAUACAGACUAUGAUAUGUACUCAGAUCAAUAUAACUGGUUGAAGGAUGAUCUUUCAAAGGUUGACCGGGAAAAGACACCAUGGCUACUUGUUUUAUUCCAUGUGCCAUGGUAUAACAGUAAUGAGGCGCAUCAAGGUGAAGGAGACUGGAUGAUGGCAGCCAUGGAGCCAUUGCUCCAUGCUGCUAGUGUUGAUGUAGUGUUGUCUGGUCAUGUGCAUGCUUAUGAAAGAUCGAAACGUAUUAACAAAGGAAAACCAGAUCCUUGUGGUGCUGUUCACAUAACCAUUGGAGAUGGAGGGAACAAAGAAGGUCUAGCACGAAAGUACAAAAAUCCACAGCCAGAGUGGUCAGUCUUUCGUGAAGCAAGCUUUGGACAUGGGGAACUCAAGAUUGCGAAUUCAACUCAUGCAUUCUGGAGCUGGCACCGGAAUGAUGAUGAUGAACCAAUAAAGUCUGAUGAAGUCUGGAUAACCUCUUUGGCGAGUUCAAGAUGUCUUGCUGAGAAGAGUCAUGAACUAAGAAAAAUACUCAUGGCACCUUAGGCUUGUGAAAACUGUGGUUCCUACCUCUAUGUUGCUCAAUAUGGUUAUGCUCAAGUUCUGUGUAAAUAUUUUAAAUAGAGCAAUCUAUAAUAGUUGUGUCGAUGAAGAAGUUACUGCUUGAAUUGGGAAAUAACCUCUUUCCCGCGCUUCCUGAGAUUAUGAAAUUGCUCUGAUGUAUUGCCUACCUUUCUGUAUUAUGUUUUCUUUAUAGAUAACACCUUAAUCAUAGUGAGAAAUGACAAGGCUUGCUUGUACUCUGAAUUCUAAGUCGGUCAAUUUUAGUCGCAAUAUAUUUCUUCUGUUA